UUGCUAUUUUGUACCUUUUAGAACAUGUUCAUGUUCUCUUGAGAGCAGAGUGAUCUGUUUGCCUGAUUGCAUGUUAAAAAUGCCAUUUUAGAGGCUUUGGAAUUAGUGGCUCAGAUGUGGGUGAGGAAGGAUGUAAGGAGCCCAGAGAGUUCAUGGACUAGUUGAUUAAAGACCAUAAGAAAACAUUUUUAAAGGCAAAACUUGAAAGAAGAUUUUUGUUUGUUUGUUUGUUUUGUUUGUUUCUUUUCAUUUGAAGAGCUGUUCAGAUGAAAGGAAAAAUCAUUAAGUACAUCAACUUGAAGAUGAUACAUAUAGUCAGGACCAGUUUGAGAAUUAUUAUUCAUUUUUCCUGUAUGUCUCUCAUUGAUUCCUUCCCACCCAGCCUCCCUUCCAGCCCUUACUAGUUGUUUCAGUUCGUAAUCCAAUGAGAAUACUUUUUUUAAGGACAAAUUUUUUUUGACUCAAUUAUCUUCAGUUCUGGGGCACCAGCACAUACCUCACGCUAUUGGGCAUUAAGACUUUUUUUGGAUAAGUGGGUGCAAGAUCCACCACUUACUAGUUGUGGAAUCUUGAGUAAAUCACUUGCUUCUCUAAGAUUCAGUUUUCUUUUUUCUAAAAUUAAGAUAAUAAUAGAACCACCCUCUGGGGUUCUUCCAUGGCUUAGGUGAGGAAAUUUAUGGUACUUAAAAGAGUGACUGACAUGCAGUAUGAGUCAAUAAUUAUGCCAUUAUUUUAAUUUUUAUUGAAAAGUAAUUCCCUAAAGAGGUAAACUCAUUUGGAAAAAUGCAAGUCCAACUGGAUUUAUUGUGACUUUUUUCAUUUUUUAAUUUCCAGUUUGUAGAAAAAAUAAAUAAACCAAAACACAUCUUCAGAUUUUGGUUAAAUAAGUUACUAUAAUGCCCCAUAUACAUAUCUGAAUUUAGAUAUAGUGCUCAUACAGAGCAUAUUUAGAAGUGUAUUAAAGCAUGAAUUUUUGCCCUUAAAACUUGUAUGCCAUCAUGUGUUAAGCCUUCUAAUUUCAGGAUUAGAGAGUUAUAGAAUAUAGGAGAGUCACUAUCAUUUUUCAGUCAUGACAUAGCUGAUUCCUUGAUAUUUUUCAUAAUGAAGAUAAGGGAAUAACUUGCCAUGGUUUGGGUUAUUGAUCUUUUUCCAUCUGAAACUGCUUUUAUAAGGUUAAACUUAAAAUAAUAAACAUUUCUAUCAAUUUACUAUCUGAAAAUAAAGCAGCUGUGGGAAGUAUCAAAAUCUUUAUUCACUUUUCAGAUGUAGAGCACUGUAGGGUGUACAAAGAUGAGAAGGCACAUUUCUUGGCAUUUCAGUGUUUACAAGUGAGUAAACAGACCAAAUAGGCAUUACACAAUGUAAAAUUGCACACAUGCUCUAAUCCAACUAUGUCUUUGAAAACGACCUUGAAGGAUAGAGAUUCCAGAUAUUGAAGGGUAUUCCAGAGCAAAGGAAUAAUUAAAAUGCUGAGGCACAGGUCUUAGGGCCCUUAGAGCAGUUUAAGUAGCCACACGUUAUGGUAUUAGGCAGACCUGGAGAGUGUCUGUGUGGGAAGGGAGGGGAAAGGAGACCUCAGAGCUAGGCUGCUUUACUUAACACUUGGACACUUUGCCUGAGGAAGCAGUAAUUUGACCAGUACAACUGAGCAUGUUUGAGCAGAAGUUUUUAGAAAACUUACUCUAGAAAUGUGUUUGUCGUAGUGGGUAGAGACCUGUCGGUGAGUAAGGGAGCAACUUUUGGAGAAAGAGGAACUGGGAAAUGGGGAAAAGACCCAAAGACUUGACUAUGAAAGGUAAUGAAGAAGGAGGAGUCACUUCUGGUUUUAAGUCUGAGCAAAGAUAGCAGGAACUGAAAAGAUGUAGUCAGUAGGGGGUCAUUGGAAGAAGAGGGAUUUAGGCAUAUGGGAUGCACGUGUGUGUGUAUGUAGUCUGUAUAAUAUAUAUGUACACAUAUACACACAUUUCCACACCAAUUAUUUUAUUCAUAUGUUCUCAUCAUUUUUAGGUCUUCACCCUUUUCUCAUAUUCCUUCCCAUCAGCCUCCUCCUAAUUGAACAGCUUCCUUUCUUUCUUUCUUUUUUACUGCUGUGAGAAUUACUUUAAGGGAAAAAAAAAAUCAAAACAAAACCUCUUGGAUAUUUCUAAUUCUUGAUUCUGUACAGUUAUCAUCAUUGAGACUUGAUGCAAGUUUAUCCCAACAGUUCAGAAUUUUCCAAAUGGAUAUUCAUUUCCUUUAACUGGUUUUUGAAGAAGAAUCACCCAUUUGGCACUGACUGAAUUGCAGGCAAUGAGAUCCCUGUGCGGCAAUCCCACGAGCAGGUGUUUCUCUGCCCACAGUUAUUUUCAACCCUUCUGCACUGACGUCAACAAUUCCUGCUUCUUGUUAUUGUUGGCUUUGGUUUCUGCAAAGCUAUAUCUGGUUAGCCUGUAGUUUCAGAUUAAUCUUGAAAAUCACUGGGUGUUGAUACUCAACGUUGUUUAAAAAUAGACACUGUAUGUGCAUAUUAUCUCAAUACCUGUAUUUGUAGGAAGUGACACACACCCCAGCACAGAUCCUAAUUGUGAACAUAGUUUUAGGGAAAAAAAAAAUCUCUUAUAGUGGAAAAUGCUGUAGGAAGGCGGAAGUAAAAGUAUCCUGAUAAAUAUUGCAGUGCUAAGGGAGUCGCUAGUGGACCUUAUGCCCAAGGGUAGUAAGUUGUCCUUGGACAGUAGUUUUCACCAAAUGCUGUAGUGAAAACCUGACAGAUGAGAAGCCUCAGUGUGCAUUAGUGGUAACACUCUUUGCCUGGUUUUCUUUUGAUUAAUGAAUUAUUACUAAACAGACAACUUCUGAAAGGGUAAUUUCACUUAUAAGUUCAGAUACAAAAUAUUGUGCCAAACCCUGUAAUGCUUAUAUUUCUGGGAUGGGUUCUGCCCUUCAGGAGCUUUUACAUUAUUUCUGUCCACACACCCACCUGUUACCAAAACUCCCAAGUAUUCCUCAUGGAAACAAGAUAUUUUGAUCAUUUAAUGGAUACUUUUAGUAGAAAACAGUUAAUUUCACUUUGAAAGAAUUUGAAAAGUAUUCUCUAAUCCAUACUGUGCUGUGUUUAGAAACAAUAUAAAAAUUUUUUUUUUCUUGAAAAAGAAGUUUGUGAGCCCAUGAGACUUUCCUAGGAAGCUAUUGUGUUCUAGUUGGGUUCCUUAAGGGCCCUUAUUAUAAGGUAAGAUAUUGAGUUCAGCUCCACUAUUUUACUAUAUUUUAGAAUAUUUCUGUGGAGCACUGCCCUCCUAAAGCUCCUGACUUAAAAGUGUAAAAAAAGCUAUAUUGAUGGAACAAUUGGGAAGAAUCACACAGGGGACUGGAAAGGGAGCAGAGCACAGAAUUUGGGAACUUUUGAAACAAACAAUAAACCAAAAAUGCUUCACCUGUGAAUAGGUAUCCUCCCCUCCCCCCACCCUCAACAUUUUCAGGAAAUGAGUACACAGUGGGGACAGGAAGUAACAGGCUGUUACUUAGCAGCCAAAGUGGCUACAGUAUUGAACUUCAAGUUCCUCUGAGGAGCUGGUUAUCUGGUUCAGCUGCAGAUUAUUUUUAUUUUCCGCAGACUAACAGCUGAAGUACAGUCUUGGUUUCUCAAUAAAGAGGGACGUUGUGAAUCACCGCAUAGCAGCAAAAAUUGCAAUUUUAAUAUUAAUGUCUGAUCUUUUAAGCCAUUUGACUAAAAACAAAAGAUGCAGGAUCCUAGCCCUACCCCAGGCAUCUUUAUAUUAGAGGCUAGCAAGGAGUUAAGGAGCUUUGUCUACUCAGCAGUCAUAAUUGAAUGUGUAGUUUGCAGCCCUGCCAAAUUGCUAAACCUAGAUUUCUCAUAUUAGAUAAUGUGUAAUAAAAGACAGCUGUUGCCAGCAUAUGCUGUUCAUUGCACACCAGUUCCUCAUUCAUGAGAUUUUGUCAUCCCUACAGUCCUGAGAAAAGGUGCUGGCUGCGGGGGCAGCCUGGGGAGCAAAGGCUCCACUGGUCAGAGCCUAGAAGAGGGCAGCUCACUCUAGGGAAGAGGCGGCAGAGAAAACUUUUUCUAAACGUGAGACCUUUGAUAAGACCUCAGACAUACUUCUUUUCACUUAGGCAGAUAGUUUGGUUGAACCCUGAGAACUUUCCUUUCCACAUCGCCUGAGUCUGACAGCCCAGAUCAAAAACAAGUAGACACUGUGUCAAGAUGUGGCACGUGUCAGAGAACUUGAUGGUGCCUAAUUUAUUUAAAUUGUUUUUUAUUUAAAUAUUAGGUGCCUAUGACAGGCUCAUUGCUAAUCCAGAGUGGAAACUAAUUUAUAAUUUGAUUUGGUCUGAUCUUUGCAUGUGUGUCACUGAUGACCCGGAUCAGUAAGUCCAGAGGAAUUUCGUAUCUGCUCUGCUCUGCACCUCACUUUUGUGCUAGGCAGAUAUUUCCAUUUUCAUCUAGUCAAUUAGUGAGAGAGAAAUGCUAGCCCGAGGGAGGUGGAGACAUAUCUUUUUCUCUAGAGGUCUUGGAUUUAUCUUGUGGAAUUAAGCAAUUUUGUAUUUGAAUCUACCUAGAAUGAUUUUUUAUGUUGAAGGUAGGUUAACAGCGGACAAGAUGACAUCUUGGGGUUCCCAUCAAUGCUAUGAUUAUUUGCUUAGCAAAAAGAUAUUUAAAAUUGAUGAGGAAAAGCUCAAAAUUUUAGGGAUUCAUUAAUUCUUGUCACCAUUCAUUCAUUUAGCUCUUGUGUACUAAGGCAUUAUUAACAUAAUUUAUUUUCUAUUAGUCCUUUUUCUAUGGUUGUUUCUGUUUUGGGUUUGAGGUGGUUGUUUUUUUUGUUUUUUUUUUUGAGUUUUUGAGUUUUUGAGUUUGUCUAUUUAGCUCUUUUCACAUUUCCACUCUAUUCUAGAUCCUGUGCUGGGCAUUGGGGUAGAAAGUAAAACAAAUACAUUCCCCAAGAGGCCCAAAGCAUACAGAUAAUUAUCAACAGAAGUGUUUAAUCCAGUAUGCCCUUUGUAUAAAUACACAUAUAUGAAUACGUUCAUAAUCUGAUGAAUAUUGAUGGCAAUGGCAAUAUCUUAAAAUAUAAAUUCUAGUUAUGAUUUAUAGAUAUCAUGAUUAGCUAUGACCUACCAAAGCACUUUACAAUCCAAAAUAAGGAUAAAAGCCAAGCAAAUGCAAAUAAUGAAAAUAGAUUAAGAAAAUGUGAGUACAAGGUAAGAGAGAGAUUCAAAAUACUUGGGCAUAUCAAGUUUAUUGCUCUCUUCUACAAGAAGGGAGCCCACUACAUAGAAUAGUCUCCACCUUGUUCAUGGUACUUAUCAGGAUAAAAUUGUGAAUACCCAGCCAGGAAAUUUGUGAGAAUUCUGGCAUUUUGUACUCAAUAAUUCAAAUUCCUUGCAGUAAUAUGGGUUUCUCCCCUAACAUAUGCCUUGAUGAAGGCUUUAUUUAUGCAUUAAUUACUUCUAUGUGCUUUUGUCUUUUUGGCUCUCAUACUCUAUUUUAUUUUUAUUUGUUUAGACUGACUAUGCUUUGCUCUCCUGACAUUUUCUGUAUUCACUGAUAUACGACAAGCUUAAUAGGUUGCCAGUUAAACUAUUAACUAAUAGUAAGAGCUUAUACUUUGGAGCCCUGGAUCAACACUUGAGAAAGAGCUAAUUAACAUCCUAAGCUUAACAUUCUUAAGCAAAUAAACAAAAUAAAAAACACACAAAAAUUCACUACAAUUAACUUGAAAACAAGCUACCACCUUUUGUUAACUUUUCCUUUAUUUGUAAUGGGAGAAUGCAUCCUAGAAGCGUAUGUUUGUAUGAUCUUUUCCCAAAGCAUGAGGAGGACUGAAGGUGAUAUUUUCUAUACUGAGGUUUCUUAAAACUAUUGUAAAAAUAAAUCAUAAACAGAAUUGAGGUUUUGAGUCUCUGGUUUUAUCUGAGUUGUGCUUCUGGAUAUUGAUUCUUUAGAGAUGAUUUUAUCCUGCUCAAACAGUAACAUAUUGAACUAUUACAAUACAUACAAUAAUUUCAUCAGCAUCUCCAAAAACUGUCAAGUAUUUGGGUUUUAUAUGUCAUUCUAUGGAUGUUAUUUUUCUUUGGAUUGCAGUGUAAUUAUAAAUUGCUGUGGUUAACCUUUCAGAGGCUAUUUUAAAUACAGAUUAGAUAUGAAGUUCUUUUAGGAAGCUUUGGAGUUUUGCCACAUUACAUUAACUCUUUUGCCAUAGGGUGUUAUUAUCAAAGCCUCUUUUAAUCUUUCAAAUGGAAUGCCUGAAUGGUCCCUUUCCCAGCUCUCCUUUGCUAUCACUAGAGAAUGGAAAUUACAGCCUUUGUAACAGUUUCCCAGGAGCUGGGCCAAACAAGCUUGCUCUGACGAGAUCAAGUUCUUUGGGUGACUUUUCCUGGUCUCAAAGGAAGCUUGUUACUGUGGAAAAGCAAGAUAAUGGAACAUUUGGAUUUGAAAUUCAGACUUACAGGCUCCAGAACCAGAACACUUGCUCCUCAGAGAUGUGCACUCUGAUCUGCAAAAUCCAGGAGGAUAGCCCAGCUCAGUGUGCUGGCCUGCAAGCUGGUGAUGUUCUUGCAAAUAUCAAUGGUGUAAGCACGGAAGGCUUUACCCACAAACAAGUUGUUGACCUGAUCAGAUCGUCAGGAAACCUGCUAACGAUAGAGACUCUUAAUGGAACAAUGAUUCUCAAAAGAACAGAGCUUGAGGCAAAACUGCAAGUUUUAAAGCAAACCUUGAAGAAAAAAUGGGUGGAGUUCAGAUCUCUACAGUUACAGGAACAGCGCCUGCUUCAUGGUGAUGCGGCUAACUGCCCAAGUUUGGAAAACAUGGACAUAGACGAAUCAACUUUGUUUGGAACCCUGCCUGGUCCAGCCCUCAUGGACCGGAAUCGAUUAUCCAGUGAAAGCAGCUGUAAGAGCUGGCUGAGCUCCAUGACCAUAGACAGUGAGGAUGGCUACCAGACAUGUGUGUCUGAGGACUCAAGCAAGGAAGCCUUCAGCCGGCAAACAAGCACAGAUGAUGAGUGCUUUAUCCCCAAGGACGGGGAGGAUUUUCUGAAGAGGUCUUCUUCAAGGAGGAACCGGAGUAUUAGCUCUGCCAGCAGUGGGUCCAUGUCUCCCUUGUGGGAAGGCAACUUCUCAAGCAUGUUUGGGACCCUGCCCAGGAAAAGCAGAAGGGGAAGUGUCCGGAAACAACUCUUGAAAUUUAUCCCUGGCCUUCACCGCGCUGUGGAAGAGGAAGAGAGUCGCUUUUAACGGGUCCUAGUGCCCUUUUAUAUUAGCUUAUUUCGUAACAGUCUUUAGAUUCAUUUAGAUCAGCUCCACCCAGCUUAGUGGGAAAGUGCACACAGAUUGCAAAACUGACAUCCCAUUUUAUGGCAAUAAUGACCUUUAUUUAAAUUUUCAUGACAUUAUUUUUUCUUCUUAAAUUUUUUUUUUUUUUUUUUUUUUUUUUUUUUAACCAGCACAGCUUAAGUUCUAAGCAGAUAGUUGGGAAAUUAAGUAAUAAGUUAGGAAAUAUAAUAAAUGAAUACAAAUGCCUGCUCCUGUUAAUGCUGCUUGUGAAAGCAAGAGUGAUAUUUAUUUUCUAGAUUAUUCAUGGUAAAAGUUGAGAACUUUUUUGGAGUCAAGUGUGAAUAAAAAAGUGACAGAAUAUAAUUAUGUGAAACACCUUCUGUAGGUUAAUUGGUAAGUUAUAAAAUUUUAUAGUUGCUUAAGCUCAGUAGCCUUUGGGGAAUCCUAUUAAUAGGCAAUUUUGAAUGUUUCUGUUCAAUUCUAUGAAAGAUUAUAAACGAAGGUGAUCAUCAGCCUUUUUUUUUACAUCUACAGUGACAAUAAAUCAAGCAGGAAGUAUAAGAUUUAAUAUGAGAGUUUAAAUUUUAUGAGAUCCAUGGAAAGAUGUUAUCUAAGGUGGGUGCUGAGGUAGAUUAUAAUAAGAUCUUUCUUAUAGUCAGCCUAAACAAAAUGAGUGGGGACAUCAUUCUUAACCUGAUUCAACUUUUGUUCUGCCUAAGCAUUGAUAAGUCUAGAACUCUCAAGAUACUACAGCCUUGUGAUUAUUUUUGAAUAAAUGUCUAAAAUUUUAAAAAUUAGAGUCAGGAAAAGGAUUUUCCUCUAGUAGAUUUUUUUUUUCACUUUACUCUUCACUUUAUAUUUCAUAUCCCAAAGAGUGAUUGCCUCAGCACUCUUUUUCUAUGAUACUAACAUAUCAUAUUACUUCCAGCCUUGUAAUAAUAUUUUUACUCCAUACCCAUUAAAGUCCAUGAUUUUUCUGUUCUAGUGAUACAGCUGCUCAUUAUCUAUACUCUAGAACAGAUAAUCUGGACACUGUAAUAAAUAGUUCUUUCUGAUUUUAUAUUCUGUGUGUGUGUCUAUCAAAUAGAGACAUUUGACAGUUGAGUUUGAGUGCAACUGUUACACUUAAAUAAACUGAGUAAAGAAUGAGUCAUAUUUGAGUGAAAAAAAAAAAAAAAAAGAAGUGAGGAUGAGGAAGCCUGUAGGGUAAGAAAUAAGUAACAAAAAAAAAAAAAUAUAUAGAAAAACGUUUCCAGUUGGGACUUGCUUUCUAUUAAUUCUUUGAACUCAGAGAUAUCCAGUGGCCUCUACUUGAGAAUCAUUCAUGUGAAAAGUAAGGUUUUCACAGGAACAAUAGCAGUUGUGUCUAUCACUUACUGAAUAGAAAGCAGGUUAAAAAUGCUUUCCACUUGAUCCCAGAGAUAACCCCAUAGAGAGAUAAUAGGCAUGCAAAUAAGGAAGCAGAAAUUCAGAGAAGUCCCUUGGUCAGGUGCAGGGCUGAUAUCAGAGUCAGUUAUUCCCAGCACUAACUUAUCCUCUAAGUUUCUCUAGAUAUCAUACACUUUAGCUGGUUCUAUGUAGUUAUCAUCACAGUACUACCCCCUGCCCCACCCUUAAGAAUAUUUAAGACAUAUGAUUGUAGAUAUUGAAUGAAUAAGGAUAUUGUAAACAGGAAAAAAAUUUCUAUUUGGUAAAGAGGAAAACAAACAUACAUUAAGGGUGGACUUUUUCUCCUGGCCUCUACAUGCAAGUUUUCAGAUAUAAGCACAUUAAUAACUGCAUGGUUAGCAACACAUACGUUUUCAACAAGGGCUUGCAUAGCAAUUGUAAAUCAGUAUUGACUGAUAUUGCUUAUUUUUCAUUAUAGACUAGAAUUAUCAUGUUAAAUAUUGGUUUACAUGAAUGUAGCAUUUGCUGUUAAUCCUGUUUUGACAAGUCUGGGGGGAAAUAAAUAUCACAUUUUUUUGAGGACUUCUACAAUGUGAACAAUGUUUCAAGAACUACCACAGUUUGGAAACGUAGACAAAGUGUCAUUUGCUUCUCUAUGGUUUUAAGUGUUAAGUAUACUGUAAUGCUUCUUUCUUACAGUAAACAUCAAACCCCAAAUGGUACUGGGAAGAAGUGCAGCAUGUUUCAUUGUAGUCUGUGAUAAGAAGAAUUAGAGUCAAGACUUAGAUAUAUUCUGGAAAAAAAGUUAAGCACUUUUUAACCAAAGUUCAGGAAGGAAGAGUGUUGUCAUGUUUUGUGCGUUCACAUGUUGUAAGAAAACUGUUUAGUGGAAAUGUGGGUAAAUUUCUCACAGCACAGCUUUUCAGACUGAAUGUGACUUCAGUGGGGCUCUAGAAGAUUUCAUUCUCUAAUCUUCUGGCACAAUGACCACAAUGACUCACUUUGAUGUAAUUUACUUGGAACAGAAAAAGCAAAGAGUUGAUUUUUUUUUUUAACCCUAAAGUUGUCAAAUAUGUAAUACUGGUGAAUUUCAUUAUUGACAAUUUGUCAUGAACAUGCAUUUUUCUCAUACAGCAUUGAUUAAUAAGCCAAAUUUGAAUCCUGGGUAUAUUGGGAAUUAUUCUGUCAUGAUAUUAAAGGAAUGCCACUGUCUCAGACAGGUUGGAACUAUAUAUUUUGAAAUGAACUUUUAUUUACCACUUUCUACUUUGCAAUACUUUUAUAUCUUAGUUGCAUGAUACAAACAGUAUUAAAAAAUCCUAGUUUGAACUAAAAAUCAAACUUGGACACAAUUUGUGUAUACUAAUCAUAAAGGAUAAAUAUUUAUGGAUAUGUACAAUCUAAGUACAGUAAAUAGUACAUAACAACCAUACCAAAUCCUUCAGAUCACAGAAUUAUUGGUGAUUUAUAUCCAUUUCCUUACAGAACUCUGGGCCAUACAAUAAAAAUUUGAUGCCUUUCAGAAAUAAAGAAUGCUAUUCUUCAGUGUCAAAA